AUGGCGGAUCACUCCGACACGACAGUGUCUGACAAGCGACAGCGACCUCCGGAUGCAGAGGACGCCGGGGACCACGCAAAAGAUCCCAUCACAAUAAUCUUUGACCGCUUCUGGGCCAAAUUACAGACACGCUUACAGCCCGCAGGGCCCUGCCAAACAUCACCCAUGAGGGUAAGAGCAAUUGGCGGAUGGGAGCAUGGGAGUCCUCCUCAGGGCAACUUUCAGACCCUGGCAUCAAAACCCCACAUCGUAGGCCCUCCCGAGCUGAGAGCAAGAAGGGGAGUCCCCCAGAGGCGCUGGCCACACAAGCGGAGAGAGGCAAGACGAACACCCAAGCGACCCGAUCUAAAUCCCGGCACCACCCCGAAAGGGCCGACCCUGGACCAUGAAGGUUCCCAGGCUCGUGGCCUAUGA